CCCACCUGUGUGCAGCCCACCACGCGACGCGCGACUCACCCUCUCCUCCCUCCCUCCCCGCGCCGCCCCCCGCUCCCAGCCGAACCCUCGCUUCGCCUGCGGCCUAACCUUCUCCGCGCGCGCGCCGCCGCCGCCGCAUCGACCGACGGGAGAGUCAAGCAGGAGGAGGAGGGAAGGAGGGAGAGGAUGGUGAAGGGGAGGCCGAAGCCCACACCGGUGAACGCGCCGGCGGAGGUCGUCUUCGACCCGUCCGCGCCCGGUGCCCGGAGGCCCCGCCGCCCUGGGGCGCCUUCGUCGUCGUCGUCGACUGGCGAGUGGCACAACUUCAUGGGAUCGAGUCUUUCGGAUAUGUAUCGGAAGCCAGCUGCGGAAAAAUCUGAUGAUACUUCUGAUGAUGAUGAGGAGCCUGACAUUGAUAUUGGGAAGUUGUUGAAAGAUGUAGAGCUUUUCGGUGCAUCUACAUGGAAGGAACGGAAGCAAUUAGAGAACCGUAAAGUAGUUCAGUUGGGUGGAAAGGCCAUUAAGAAGCACCGAACGCCGUUAAGUGUAUCAAAGCCAGCUAUGAAGAACCAAAAGAAAAGAGAAGAGAAGAAAGCGGAAGAGGAAAGACUACUUGGAAUAUUUAGGAAACGGGAUUCCAAGAACAGCAAAGCUCAAAAGACUAGACCUGAGGACCGAGUACUUAGGGCUACCCAAGGGCACUUCAAGAAUGGUAUACUUGAUGUCAAGCAUCUUUUGGCACCACCCAAACUAUCGGGUCGGGAUGCGCCUGAGCAGAAAAUGAGAAUGGGCAAGAAAAAUGGCAAGGGAAAGCAGAAGGGAGGCAGAAGGAAGAGACGUUAGAUAAAACACCCUAUUAGCUUUUGUAUUAAGAUGGACUCAUCAUCUACUUGUAUCUUUCAGUGUAAAGAUCGAAAACAUUUUGCAGAGGCAUGUUUUGUUUCAGUGUCUUAUGAGGCUCAGCCUCCGGUUCGAUUUGCAUGUAGUCUGGCCUCUGCAAAGAAAGCCAUUUUGGGCUCAAAAUUAUUUGGCUUUUGGGUCCCUGGGAUUAUGUUGGAUGUGAUGCGGAGCUUUUGCAAGUGAAAACUUUCACAGAUCA